GCGGAGUAGUGUGAAGGAGAAGAAAUGGCUCCGCUGGGAAUUCCUCUGACAAACAUGACUCGUUAAAGGUUACAAAAAGACGUUCUCUCGAUGAAGCUGCUAUGGCCAUAAGGAGUGCUCCCAUGGUUCGGAUCUGUUGGUUAUGAAUCCAAGUGCCUCCUCGACUUGCCCCGCAGAUGAGUUUAUGGAUGACUGGCUCUUCCUCUCUCCUACCUCAGCUGCUUCUCAGAGUGGAGAAGAGGCGGAGGAACGAGGCAAACUCAAAUCCAAGUUGGUCUCAGCAUGGAACAGUGUCAAAUACGGCUGGUCCUUCAAACAAAAAUCGACAUUCAGCAAGACCUCCCCUGUGAUCAUGUUAGGGCAUCCAUAUAAUCUCAGUGAUCAAGCUGAGAGGGAGUGUUUCCACCACUCUUUUGCUUCCCUCCUGUGGUUGACGUACAGACGAGGCUUCCCUCAGCUGAGCGGCUGCGCACUGACCACCGACAGCGGCUGGGGAUGUCUCCUCCGCACGGGGCAGAUGUUGUUAGCGCGAGGGCUGCUUUUACACCUCAUGCCACAAGGCUUGACAUGUACUAUUAGCCAGCACGUGUUCAAAGAUGACAUGGAUCUCCCUGAGGUCCGCCCUGAAACCAGUGCAGCGGGUUUAGAAAAAUCCAAAGGGCUCAGUAAGUGGGGCCGAUCGUUGAGUUUGGGUUCCCUCCUCGCCAGAGGCAUGGAGUCCACACACAGGAGGGUGGUAUCGUGGUUUGCAGAUCACUCCUCGGCCCCCUUUGGGAUCCACCAGCUGGUGGAGUUUGGCACAACGUUAGGGAAGAAGGCAGGGGACUGGUAUGGCCCCUCGAUUGUGGCACACAUCCUCAGGAAAGCUUCUGAAGCAUCAACUCACCUUCCCAAUCUUGUUGUCUAUGUUGCACAAGAUUGCACCAUCUACAAAGAGGAUGUGAAAGCGCUGUGUGGACCUUCUCCUACUCAGCCCUGGAAGUCUGUCAUCCUCCUGGUGCCUGUGCGACUUGGAGGACAAGAUCUCAAUCCUGCCUACAUCGCCUGUGUAAAGAAACUCUUGAAGUUACAAUGUUGCAUUGGUAUCAUCGGGGGCAAACCAAAGCACUCCCUCUUCUUUGUUGGUUUCCAAGAUGACCACUUGUUGUACUUGGACCCUCAUUACUGUCAGCCCACAGUGGAUGUAACAAAGGACGACUUUCCUUUAGAGCAGUGCCAUAACUUGUAUCCUGCUAACUUGGUCUCUCCUACUAUUUUCGAGUGGACUGCUGUGAAAAAAGUUACUUCAACUUGUGUUUCUUAACCAUUGGGGCGAUGGCGGCCGAGGAAAAAUAUCGAUUUCUCAGCAGUACUUAGUUAUAAUACACUUUUCCACCACUUGUGGCAGUAAUGUCAAUGUCAAAUAAACAGAAGAUGUCUGGAGCUAAAGUCAUAGAGAAGUUUCUUAAGUUUCUCAAUGGGAUGCCGACUGACGGGAUGUUUAUAUCAUCCCGUUCAGAUGAAGAAAAAAUCACAAUCCUCACGCAGGUUUCAAAAAAUAAAAAUAAAAAAAGAUGACGCAAACAUCUAUGUCCACGAUCUUCUACUAUCCAGGUGAGAGGCAUGAUUUAUAAUCUAGAAUUACCUUUCACCAAGUCAAUGGCGAUGCAGCAGCUCACCGGCUCAAUAUGUCAAUAUCACUAAUACUUUGUUUACAUGUUGUGACCUGAACAUUAACAGAUUAUUGUUGGCAAUUUUUCGAUGUUUGUCCCAUUAGCUGUAUCGUUAGCCACUUCGUACUUGCCAUAUAUUGCAACUUAGAAUGCAUAAAACUGAAAAGCAUGUUAUUUUCUUACGAAGGGAUUGUGAACGACAGACAGAAUUCCACAAAUAGUGCAGUUCCCCUUCAAAGACAGCAUAAGUCAGUUCCAAACGUGUGACUAUCAGUGGUACUUUAACUUUUAAUAAUAAAUAGUUUAGUUUUUCAAACCUACCGUUGUUUUCUGAGUCAUUUCACUUGAUCAAACUUUUUAACAUUUCACACUACAAAAAAUCUAUUAAAAAAAAUGUAUGAUUCGUACUGAUGCCGUAUCGGACCAAUAUCAGUCUCAGCCAAUACUCAAGGCUCCAAUAUGGGAAAUAAAAAGGGGUAUAGGGACACCUGUAAU